AUGUCUAACCUGAGGAGGGUGUUGGAGAGGCAAGAGCGAGAAGAGGAAGUAAUCAGGCGCAGACGUGCUGAAGAAGAUCAUGAGGCUGAUGAAGAGGAGGAAGAAAUGGUUGUAGUGGCGUGUAUGCUUAAUGAAUCAAGGCAACAUCACUGUCAUCGUGCCCCGAAUGUGGACAGACGUAGGCAAUCUCGGGGUAAGAAUCUCUUGGAAGAUUACUUUAUCCAAAAUUCGUUAUAUCCUGUUUCUAAGUUUCGAGAGAGAUAUAGAAUGCAGCCACAUUUGUUCCAAAAAAUCAUGCAUGAUAUUUGUAAUUACGACACAUACUUCAUUCAAAAGUAUGAUGCUCUUAGAGUUGUGGGUCUUCUCCCGGAGCAAAAACUUACAGCUAUUUUGCGGAUGCUUACUUCUGGGGCAUCUGUAGAGCAGGUGGAUGAGAUUGCAAGGAUGGGAAAAUCAACUAUCCUAGAGUGCUUGGUGAGAUUUUGUGAUGCAGUAGAAAAUCUCUACACGAGGGAGUACCUUCGCAAACCUAUGCCUAGGGACCUCCAAAGGCUUCUACAAAAAGCUGAGACUCGAGGUUUCCCAGGAAUGAUUGGAAGCAUCGAUUGCAUGCACUGGUAG